AUGGUCUUGCGCCUAAGUAAUAUCGUGCUGGGGAGGGCGUUCAUCAACCACAUAAUUCUUGCCCUAUCACCCAUCACCGCAGACGAGAAGAAGAAAUACCAGAACAUUGCGCCCGAGGAUUUCUGGACUGACAUGUCUAACGAGUUGUUUAGUGAUGUGGUCGAGUUGCACGAGCAGGUAGAGGCAUACUUCAGCAUGAGGGCGCGCGACGAGGGGUUCCCUGCUAUCCUCAUCUUCUGCGUCUACAUGUGCGGCUCGCUGUCGUCGUAUUUGUGGCGGCAACCGCGUCUGUGUCCGCACGUCGCUCCAGUGGAGGCUGAGAAAAUGGCGUUGGGGUCUUUGAGGAUCAUUAGCCAGCUGCAUCAGGCGUCGCCAACGAGCACGAGGUGGCAGCAAGUGUUACAACAGGUCGCCUGCCCUCUUUCUAUUGGUAUCCCUAUUACGGGGUAA